UUCUGAGGUUUCCAACUGUGCUGGUAGGGAAGAACGCCGUGUCAAAAGCAAAGAGCACAGGAGUCACGACUGGAUGGCUCAGAGACAAAGCUACCUCAAGAAGGUACAAUCACGUCAGUGGAACUAAUGUGAAAAUGUCUGAGUCGAUGUCUCCGCAGCCUUUGGCCUGAAAGCUUUCUAAGCUGACCGGCAUAUGGUCACUCACUCAUACAUUUUCUCAACAUCCAUAUUAUGUCUCGACUCAGCACCCAAGAGCAUCUCCUUUAGCAACCUCGGGUCAGUAUCAGAAACGGCCCAUUGGUGCGGCUAAUGCUGCGGGGUUCAACUUCACCGAGGAAUCUGAACGGCUUACGAAGUAGACUGUGAGAUGAUAACGAUUCCUUUUAGACCUUCCAAGAAGGCAUGUCUGGCCUCACCAAAUCCGAACAGACUUGUGCUCGUGAAGGGCACCUCUAAUACACUAUGUCGACCAACCGAGUAGUACUAAUCUCUGCCGCGCCCACGGAGGAUGUCAUUGUGCCAUCAGACGCUCCGCACGAGAACGAAUGGUACAAUGGUCGAGACUUUGACGGCUACCGCAUCACUGAGCAAUUAUUAUACGAAAGACGUAAGAUCAGAGUGAUCUGUGUCGGUGCGGGUGCCACAGGUUUGCAAUUUGCUUACAAAGCCGAGCGUGCUCUCAAGGACGUCGAGCUCCAGAUAUACGAGAAGAACAGCGAGCCUGGUGGAACUUGGCUCGAAAAUAGAUAUCCCGGAUGCAGUUGUGAUAUUCCAAGCCCUUCAUACCAAUUUACCUGGGCUAAGAAUCCAAACUGGUCACGGUACUAUUCAGGGGCCGAAGAGAUCUGGAAGUAUAUGAAAGAUGUUGCAGUCAGGUAUGACCUCGAGAAGUACGUUCGAUUCAAGACGACAGUAGAGUCGGCCACUUGGGACGAAGAUGCAGGUCUAUGGAGACUCAGUAUAGUGGGUGCGGAUGGAUCACACUUCGAAGACAGUUGCAAUAUUCUGGUCAAUGGAUCCGGAGUCCUUAACUCGUGGAAAUGGCCGAAUAUACCUGGCCUGGACUCAUUCAAAGGCAAGUUGAUGCACUCUGCCCAAUGGGAUGGCAGUUAUGACCUGAAGGACAAGAAGGUCGCCGUCAUAGGAGGUGGUUCAUCUGCUGUACAGAUCGUACCUUCAAUUCAACCAACUGUCAAAAAGUUAUAUCCCUUUUUAAGAUCUCCGGUCUGGAUCACGACGGGUUUUGGAGCAAAGUAUGCUGGCCCGGGGGGCACCAAUUUCACAUAUUCCGAAGAGCAGAAACAAGAAUGGAAGGCAAAUCCCGACAAGUAUGCCCAAUACUGCCGUGACAUUGAGGGCGAGCUCAACAAACGCUUCACACUGAUGCAUCUCAAAGCAAAUGAUCAGAAAGCCUCUCGAGAGCUGGUGGCAGACAUCAUGGCCGAGCAGCUUGGGCACGAUGAAAAGUUGACCAAGCAUAUGAUUCCUCCGUUUGCUCUAGGCUGCCGGCGAAUGACUCCCGGGUCAGGAUAUCUACAAUCCUUAAGAGCAGACAAUGUCCAGGUGAUUCCGUCCUCUGCAGUCCGUCUCACCGAGACUGGCAUAGUGGAUGAGUCCGGAGAGGAGCGCGAGGUGGAUGUCGUUAUCUGUGCAACUGGCUUCGACACUUCUUUCACGCCGCAUUUCAAAGUCUAUGGUCGGAACAAUGCUGAGAUUCACGAACAAUUUGGAGACUUCCCAGUUGGGUAUCUCGGCAUCACAGCAGAGAAUUUCCCAAAUCUGUUCCUCUUGAUAGGGCCUAAUGGACCGGCUUCGCACUCGAGUAUAUUACCGAUAUUAGAGUGGUACACCAGGUAUAUCUUCCAAGUUAUUGAGAAGAUUCAGACCGAGCGUAUAAAGGCUAUCGAACCCAAAGGAGAAGCCAUCAAGGAAUUGUACAAUCACACGCAUGAAUUGAUGAAGCGAUUGGUGUGGUCAUCAGCUUGUCGAAGCUGGUUCAAGAACGGAAAAACUCAUGGUCCAGUAACGGCAAUCUAUCCCGGGAGUCGCUUGCAUUUCUUCGAGAUCCUAAAGAAUGUUCGGUGGGAGGACUACAACAUUACCUAUAUGUCUGGCAAUCGAUAUGCAUUCAUGGGCAAUGGAUAUACGCAGACUGAAGUUGAUCCAGACGGGGAUCCGGUGUGGUAUUUCGAUGAUGACUUUGUACAGAUAUAAUACUCAUAUAGCAGAGAUUAGUAGAGCAGAAAUCAGUACAUAAAGCAUAUGCC